AUGAAAAAGAAACUUGAUGAAGCAAAGUGGUUGUGGGCCGACGAGUUACCCAAUGUCUUAUGGUCUAUACGGACCACGACAAAGAAUUCUACAGGAGAAACACCAUUCUUAUUAGCCUAUGGAGCUGAGGCCGUCCUACCAGUUGAAAUGUGUGAACCAACUCUGCGCGUCAUGUUAUUUAAUGAAGACGCCAAUUGGGAAAUGAUGAAAGCGGCCUUGGAUUUCUUGCCAGAAGCCAGAGGGAACGCGGCUCUGCGCCAGCAACUAUACAAACUCCGGAUGACUAGGGAAUACAACAAAAGGGUCUCUAGAAGAAUCUUAAAAGUAGGAGAUUUUGUGCUAAGGAAGAUGGAAGUCGUUGGACGCGCCAAUGAACAAGGGAAACUCACCCCUACCUGGGAAGGUCCAUACGAGAUCUACGAGGAAGUUCGAGAUGGAAUCUACCGGAUCCAAGACAUGUAG